UAUAAUAAGCAUAUUACAGUAAAGAAGAGUGUAUCUUGUAAAAAGAAGAAAAGUGAUUUACCAUCUAUAACCCUAGAGAAGAGGAGACCAAUAUCCUCUCUCUUUUAUUCUUAUAUAUAUUUUUCUUUCUUUGCCUUGAUUUUCAUCCUUUUAUGUAGGUGGAGAUGGAGUUAGCAACCACCGAAAUGUCUAGAGGAAGCAACAGUUGUGACAAUAAGAAAACCAAAGGUCAUCGGAAAGGUCUCUGGAAACCUUUCGAAGACGACAAGCUCAAGCAACUCGUGGAACAAUAUGGUCCCCAGAACUGGAACAUCAUUGGUGAACUUUUCUCUGGAAGAACAGGGCAAAGCUGUAGACAGAGAUGGUGCAAUCAACUUGCUCCAAACAUCAACAAGGGACCUUUCACUAAGGAGGAAGAAGAGAGGCUUCUCGAAGCUCAUCGUAUCCAUGGAAAUCGUUGGGCCUACAUGGCGAAGCUGUUCCCCGGGAGGACUGAUAACGCUCUCAAGAACCAUUACCAUGUCACCAUGAAGAGACGCAAACGUAUCGGCUUAUCUUCAACGCCCACUUCUCCGUUCAACCAAAUUCGGACCCCUAUCUUUCCUCUUCCUAGGCAAAGUGAUUACCUAUACCCAUUUCAGAGGUAUCAGAUGCACAACAGUCGCGGUCCCUGGCCUUACACUUCUGCUUCAGCGCCUAGGAGUGAUCAGUUUGGAUCUUCAUGGAUCUCGAAUGCACAACAAGAAACUGAUCUUUAUAGGAGAAAGUCGAACCAGAUGUUGGAUCAUCAGGCAGCUACACCAGAUCAUGAGAAGAACUCAUCAGGAGAAGAUGGAACAUCCAUGAUAGAUCAUGGUGAAAAGAGAGAUGUUCCUUUCUUUGAUUUUCUUGGAGUUGGAUUAGAUUCUUAAAUAUAAUAAUCACAACUCAGUGAUUGUAA